AUGUCACAAGCCCUAGCCGACGCCGAGCAAAAAGCGAAAAACGGUAUUCUGGAGACUCUACCCGGACACCGAAAUAUGGCCUUACGACCCGAAGAGAACACCAGCGGUCCCCUUGUAGCCACAUUGACGUUUCCGAGAUCACCAACAGAAGUCAAUAACCCACUACCGUCACCGUCUGCACCCACCGACUUACCUCAAGAGCGACAGAAAUUUACUCCCGCAGCCCUCACACCAGACGCCGAAUUCCUCAUCAUCGAAGCCGAACUUGCAAACUGCCAACUGACGCGCGAAGCGCUACAAAGACGCGAAUCCGCACUCAAAGAACGCAAAGCAGAGAUUAUACGAGAAACAAAGAUGAGACCUGACAAGGAGGUGCGAGACCUGGCAACGCAAAGCCAAGAUGAAGAGGUCGAUCAAGGGCUGUUCAUGCGCGAUGUGCAGCGGAGAGUGGAAUCGAAGUUGAAGGGGGCAGGAAGAGAAGAUGAAGCUUCACCGGAGAAAGUGGGCCAAGCAGGGCAAGUGGACGAGAAGAAACCUGUCCCAAUCAGUGCGCCAGAGCGGAGGAGACUUGCGCGUCUUGCACUGUUGAAGCAAGACCCUAGGCUAGGAAGAUGA